AGUGCUACAGCCAAAUAUACCGACGAGAAGACAAGAUUUCAUGAGAUAUGCGUGCUCACUGACACUGGAUGUUGACACUGCACAUCCGUCUCUGACCAUCACUGAUGACAACACAAGAGUAUAUGUCAAAAAACAGAGACCAAAAUCUUCUCUAAAAAGAUUUGACUGCUGGGAACAAGUGCUAGGCAAAGAGGGCCUCAGAGGAGGGCGCUUUUACUGGGAGGUUGAGUGGUCAGGAAAGGGUGUGUUCAUUGGGAUGGCACUGGAAGGCAUUGCUAGGAAAGGUGAAGGAGCGGAAUGUGGGAUAGGACGCAACAUCAACUCCUGGUGUUUGCAGUGCUCUAAUGUCAGUUACUCUGCCUGGCACAAUGAUGUCACAACGGCUAUUGCAGUUAAUGUCUCUUCACCCAGAAUAGGAAUCUACUUAGACAACAACGCAGGUAGUCUUACGUUCUACAGCGUCUCAGAUAAAUUGACCCUCCUGCACAGGUUUACCUCAGAGAACUUUUCCGGGCCUUUGUAUCCAGCUUUCGGUCUUGGUCUCGGCCUUGGGCUGCAGUCAUGGAUAAGAAUCUACAAAUUAUGAAAACAUAUGAGAAAUAUGGCAAAAACAGUGGAUAAAACAAAAGAUUACAGUGUAGCAGGCGAUGACCAUGGAUGACAAGGAAAAGAAAACAAAUUUUUCACCUUUGCCAACUUUUUUUCCCCACUCUGACUUUUAUUGUAAGGUUAUUUUCUGUUCUAGUGCUAUCUUCCUUGUAACCAGCAGCAGGGUGAUAAUACACAGCAGAAGAAGUGUUAUUACACCAAGGAAACACAAAACUGCUAAUUACAAUUUCUUAAAAGCAGUAUGUUGGAAGUAUUAUAUAAUGUUCACAAAUUCAAUUUCUUUUUAAAUCAAUAAACUAUCCAAAGAACAUUAA